AUGCCAGUUAUCCAUCACGAUCAAAUCUCACAGCCGUUAAAUGUCAACGCACAGAAUUUCAACCACAGUGUUAAUACGAACUUAAGCGGACAUCAGCUUUCUUCUAGUUCAAGCGUGUCUUCUCAAUUCCAUAAACUGCCAAAGCUGAUUCUCCCGACAUUUGAUGGUGAUAUUUUACAAUGGAAAACAUUCUGGGACUCCUUUCAAUCAACAAUCCAUUUCAAUAUUUGUCUGACAGAUAUUCACAAAUUCAGCUACCUCAAAGCCCAAUUACAUGGUCAAGCAUCGCGAUGUAUCGAAGGCCUUCCUAUCACGAAUGACAGCUACUUACAGGCCGUAGAUAUUCUAUUACAAAGAUUUGGACAGACCCACAAAGUUACGAACGCAUAUAUGGAACAUCUGAUAAAUAUCCCAGCCCCGCGUUUUAGUGCAAGUAGUCUCCGAUCGUUUCAUGAUAAAAUUGAGUCGUACAUCAGAGGAUUAAAGUCAUUAGGACAGUGUGAGGAAUCGUUUGGGUCUCUUCUUGUACCAAUAAUCAAGAACAAAUUACCGCCCAACGUGAGACAAAAUAUUACGAGAGACAACGGAGGCGAUAAUUGGGAAUUGAAAUCAUUACGCGAGGCUAUAAGUAAGGAAGUGCCUAUUUUGGAAGCCGGAGAAACAGAACCGGGAGUUGUUCCGACGGCGACUUUUGUAACCGGAACUUCCGACACCAAAAAGACAAAAAGUAAGCCUCAAUAUAAACCCUAUACAAAUGCAUAUUUCAGAAAGCCUUGCUUGUUUUGCCGGGAGUCACACUCGCCUAACCAAUGCACAAACGUCACCAAUUACAAAGAGCGCAUAGACAUUGUGAAAUCAAAGAACGUUUGUUUCAACUGUUUUGGGUCACACAAAGUCAGUAACUGUCAUUCCAAAUUUAAAUGCAAAAAAUGUGGGAAAAGACACCGCUCUAGUAUAUGCAACGACCAGCUUCCGCAGCCGUCGAAUCCUGAGGUUCAUGUAGAGGACGGGAAUAAAAGUAACGACAAGGAAGAGAAUUCAGCAGCGCUUCACUCCACAAACAUUACAUCUCAUUCUGACGUCUUGUUAAAAACCGCUAUAUCUUCAGUAUGGUCGGAAUCUAAAAACGCUACGGCAAACAUUCUCCUAGUCGAAGGAGCACAUAAUUCUUUCAUGACCGAGGAUUUAGCCAAAGAACUAGAGAUUGAGACUACAGGAAACAUCAACAUGAAGAUAGCUGCUUUUGGGGGUAGUGAAAGUCAAAUACGUCGCUUGAAAACUGCGCGCGUGUGUAUAGAAUCUGUCAGCGGAGAAAGAAUCCCGAUAGAAGUUGUAAUCAUACCAAAGAUAGCGGCGCCUAUAGAGAUUAAAGCUCGAAUCAACGCAGCAAAAUUACCAUAUUUACGAGAAUUACAACUCGCUCACCCAGUGACACAACAUGAGAAAUUCAACAUAUCCCUCCUGAUUGGAGCAGAUUACUAUUGGUCUAUAGUACAAGACAAUGUGAUUCACGGGAACGGACCGACAGCUGUCAAAUCAAAACUAGGAUAUCUAAGAUCUGGUCCUAUCAUCACUUCCAAGAACUCAACAUCUGCAGCAUCAUCAGUGGCGUUCAUGAUUACAGCGAUCAUGAACAUCUUGACCAAUCACAAAUCGGAAGAAUUCGACUUAGAGAAGUUCUGGAAAAUCGAAUCACUAGGAGUAAUGGAAACACCAGAUACCUCUACUUCUAAGAGUUACCUGCAAGAAUAUCAGGACACUUCUAUGUCCUUCCAGAAUGGCAGAUACACUGCAAAGUUACCAUGGCGUGAGGACCACCAGGAGCUCCCGACAAAUGAAUUCGUCACCAGGAAUAGGACGUUAAAUGUUAUGAAACGACUAGCUCGGGAACCAAACCUGCUGAAGAUAUAUGGGGAUAUAUGCAUUGAGAGAGUUUCAGACGACAAUGUCAAAUCAGGGGGCAGACUACAUUACAUACCACAUCACCCGGUGAAGAAAGACUCGACAACUACGCCAAUCAGAAUCGUUUUCGAUUGCAGUUGUCAUCAAGACUCAGAGUCUCCUAGUUUAAACGACUGUCUAUCGUCCACUCCUCCUGAGCUUAAUGACCUUACAGGGCUCAUCGCGAGAUUUCGAGUGAAGAAAUUUGGAGUAUCUACAGACAUUGAAAAGGCAUUCCUUACUGUAGCCCUUGAUGAAGGAGACAGAGAUGUGACAAGAUUUUUCUGGUUACGUGAUCCAUCAAACCCGAAUGGUCCGUUGAUCACCUAUAGAUUCAAAGCAGUUCUUUUUGGCGCGUUAACGUGUUCUCCAUUCAUUUUGAGCGCGACACUACUGAAACAUCUCAACGACAGUCAGACGGAAUUAGCCAACAAUUUGCAGAGGAAUCUGUAUGUGGAUAACAUUCAUCCGUAA